AUGGCCAUGGAUACCGCUGCCCCGCCAUACGAGGCCGAGAAGCCAAAGACACCGCCCGCGUCCGGCGAGGAGCCCAAGCCAAGCGUUGCGCCCGCUGAGCCAGCAGAAGAGAAAAUUCCCGUGGACGUGGUACCAGACCGGCCAGCCGCCGUGCCUGCGCCUUUGUCCGACGAGAAAAUGCCCGUCGAACCGCAGCUUGCGCCCUACCCCUCGUCGCCCGCCGUGUCUCCAGCCUCGUCGCCAUACCUCACCUCCGCCACCACUCCGCCGCCGCCACUGAGCGUCUUUUCUUCCCCAGACACUGACAGGCCGUCAUCAGUCGCCAUGAGCAACUACCCCAACGACCCUUCGCAGCAGCCUGCCGCACCCGUGUACCCCGACCACACCGGUUCUACCAGCCCCCACCAGCAAUACACCAUCCAGCCCGACCACGCCUACCAGCAGCCGCCCUACGACCAGAACCAGUACUACGCUCAGCAGCAACACCAGCAGCAGCCCCAGCAGCCGCCGCUGCAGCAUCAGCCCGCGGGCUCCCAGCAGUACCGCACCGCAACUCCUCUUGCCAACCUGGCCCGCUCCUCGGCACCCGUCGACUGCCCUGCCUGCGCCAACCGCGCCCUGACUGUGACAAACUACCAGACUGGCAACACCACUCACGCCUGGGCCUUCGGCGUCUGCAUCUGCCUCUGCCUCGGCUGCAUCCCCUACCUGAUCAGCGGCACCAAGGACGUCCAGCACAAGUGCGGCAAGUGCGGCGUCCUCCUCGCCACCUGGCACCGCUCCGGCGGCACCGAGGUGCACAUGCACGCAUAA